AUGUCUUUACAUACUAAUUAUAACAAUAAUCGUACAUCGUUUCCGAUGUAUUUUGGUCAGCGAACGAAAGUUGGUGAUGCUGCUUCGACACCAUUGAAAAUGAUUAAAUUGCAAGUCGAACAACAAGUGAAUGCAAAAUUUCCACUCAUACAUCAAGUAGCAACAACAAUGACAUUUAAAAAUGAACAUAAUCGAAUAUUAGAAGGAUCUUUAGAAUUUACUCUACCUAAAACAGCAACUAUACGUGGAUUUGGUCUUGAUGUUGAUGGUGUUAUUGUCGAUGGUGUUGCUGUUGAAAAAGAAUUUCGAAAAGGUAUUGAUCCAGGUUUAGUUGAGAUGAUCAAAGGAAAUGUAUUUCGUACAAGAGUUUAUCCAAUGCCAGUUGGAGGCACACCAAUUGUUCGUAUCAUUUAUCAAGAUCAAGCACAAAUGAAAAAUGAUCACUUUCUAUUUCAUUGA